AUGGCUUCAUUUGGUGAUGCGACCCUGCCCUCGACGCGUCGGACGCGCAAAUCCAUCGGAGCGACCACUUCGUCGAGGAAGAAUGGCGACAAAGAGAAUGCGACAAUCGACGUGGGCAGCACCCUUGCUGAGAGUCGCAAGAAGUCGCGAAGCAAGAGUAUUGGCCCCGGAGGCCUGGACGCCCUCAAGAAUGCAAAUGGGAACCGCAGAGCUUCCCUGGCUGUGCCUUCACGGCCCCCGCCUCGAUCUAUUCUGAAGCCGACGAUGCCGCUGUUGCCCGAGAUCCCGCCGCACCGAAAGCGCGCAGCAGACCUCAUCGAUCUCGGUCCGCCGCGGUCGAGCACCCCGACAACCACAGGCAGCACUGAUCUCACCGGAUCAGGGUCCAAGGUUGCAUUGCGCACAGAGGAGGAACAGCAGGCGGCUGCAAAGGAGCGAGAGCGCAGAGAUGCCCGACGCAAGUCUCUCGCGAAUCGCCGCGUAUCCUUCGCAGCUGAGGCCACUCUUCAUACAUUCCAUGAGAUCGAUUUUAUGCAGGAACCGACAUCGUCAACAGGCUCGAUGCGCCGCAGAUCAUCCGCCGCAGGCCCCUCAAACGAAGAGCCACCAAACCGCCCUUCAACACCACAGGAUCAGGAGGAAGAUAUUGUUCCACAAUCGCCAGACAACCAGCGAGAGCUGCAUCAGAAGAAGCGUAGAAGAAGCUCCACUGCUCCUCUGAUGGAGUUCACAGAGGACGAAGAAGAUACCAUGGCGACCGGUUUCAGCUCCGACUCGGAGCCGGCAGAUGCUGUUGAGGAAGUUGCCGACGAGGAAGAAGAAGAAGCCUCGGACUCCAACAGCGAUUCUGACGACGACGGUACAAUGAUGACUGUCGAUGACCACGAAGUGACCGGUGCAUCCGUUAUGUCUGGGCGCACCACCGCAACAGAUGAUGACCAUGACACUCUGGACGAAGCACUUCGGACGGCUGCGCGGCAGGCCGGCACGCAAAGGCUGGGCUUCGACGACAGCGACGACGAGGAGGUGAUUCCUUCUUUUGGGUGGAUCAAGAAGGACAAGCCCCAAGCUGAGGGAGGUCAAGACCGAGAAAAUGUUGCGCCACCAGCACCUGUCCGGGACAGCCCUCGUGAGGAUGAUGAAGAUGGCAUGGAUAUGGACAUGGACAUGGACAUAACCUCUGCCGUCGGAGGCAUCCUCAGCAGCAAGACGUCCCAAGACGUCGAACCUGAUGAGGAAAUGUCCAUGGACGUCACUCGUGUAUUGGGAGGCAUCCUGUCGAAGAACAGCACCAAGUCAGCAUCGACCGAAACAACCUCGGAGGAUCAGACCAUGGAGUUUACCACAGCUGUUGGAGGUAUCCAAAAGUUCAAAGCCAACAGCCAUCUAUUCGACGAUGACGAGAACGAUAACGAGGACAUGUCGAUGGAAUUCACCAGUGCUAUCGGUGGUUUGCUACCGACACACGCAAAGAGUGACACGACACAGAAGCGCCGGAGAACGAUGACCUCCCGCAACAACCCGGAAGAUUCAACCAUGGACAUGGACAUGACCGUCGGCGUCGGCCGGAUCCUACCUGGUGCAGAUAAUACAUUCUAUGGUGACCAGACAAUGGGCAUGGGCAUGACUGUUCCUGUCGGCCGCAUCCUUACAGCAGAAGAUGAACCUGUGGAGGAAGAGGAAGCAACGAUGGGUAUGGAUAUGACCGUCCCCUUCGGCAAGAUACUGCCCACAUCAAAUCAGUCACCGGAGCGGGAUGAGGCGACUAUGGGGAUGGAUAUGACCAUGCCUGUCGGCCGCAUUCUGCCUUCGUCCCAAGCGUCAGAUCAGAAGGAAGCCACUAUGGGUAUGGACAUGACGAUGGCUGUCGGAGGCAUCAUCAGAGCACCCCAAUCUCCAGAGGCUCGGGUUGCUGCCAAGAAACUUAUGGAAGCGGAAGUAGACAAGCCGGACACGCCAACCAAGUCUAUGUCGGCCAAGCCUGCAUCGCCUGCUAAGAAGCUUGCCGCCUCGGUCAAGAAACAUAGAUCCUCGGCAUCGGAUGCUGGAAGCAGCCCCGGUUUCAACCCUUUUCAGGGCCGGGGUCUCCGCCAAAGUAUGCCACGCGCAGGCACCGCCUCCAUGUCACCAGCUCGAACGAGAACACCUAGCCCUCCAAAGUCCACAGCUCCCACUCAUGCUGUCGCUGAGACCCCGCUCGACAGUUCGCCAGUCAAGACGCCGCAAUCACUCAAAAAACGAGGCCGCCCAAAAUCGCCCGUUAGAAAGCCUGCUACACCCUCUCCCGAAAAGACGGCUAGUCGCCUGAACAUUUUCCAGCAAGACCCUGCCACCGGCGCAAGGACCCCAAUAGUCGUCCUUACUCCCCAAACCCGUAGGCACUCUGGUAUCGGCGCAGACAAGCCUGGACUGGGCUCGCCUCGAGUUGCCGCUCUUCUGGACCGCAGAGGAUCUCUUGGCGAUACGGUUAAAGAGUUUGUACCUGGCACGACCCGUGGGGUUACGUUUGUUGACCCACAAGUCAUCGAAAACGAGAUCGAUAAAGACCGUCAGGAGGAAGAAGACAAAGAAAAUGGUCGGAAGAUACUCGAACGCGAGGUCGACGGUGGUGAGAACGAGAAAGAUGCGACUCUGAACCUAAGAGAAAUGAUUGAGAGCUUGAGCCCGAAGAAAAAGCGCAUGCAAAGCCGCAAGAGUCUUCAUGUCGGGAGCGCAAGAGGGCUGCUGGGCAAGCGGCCCGCCGAGCUCGAUGACGAGGAGGAUCGCGAGGACCAUGACGGUGUGAAGAGGCUCAAAGGCCACCAAGGCAGCCCUGUCAAGAACGUCAAGCUGCUGCAGCCGCCCAGUAAGGCAGAGACUACUGGUCGCAGAUUGACUCGAUCAGCCCGGAAAAGUAUGGAGGAAGACGCCGCAUUGAAGGCAACUCCUACCCAUUCCGACUCCCCUCAGAAGACGGCGAGUUCAGCCAAGUCACCAAAACCGUUUGGUCGUUUCAAGGAUGUCGAGGAAGACACAAUGUCUCAUCCGAUGAACCUUGGCGGUUCCCCUGUCCGAGAUGAGAACGAGAUCAUUGACGAACAAGGGGAGGAGCGUAUUCACUUGCAAGACUUCCUGAACAUGACCUCGAUUCGUUUCAUGGAGUUGACGACUACCAAACGAAGACACACUCAAGCCCCAGAUAUGUUCAAGGAUGGGCUGCUGGGCGGCAAAGACGACAUGUCCCUGGAGCGCUGCGUCGUAGCUGGUGCCUGCACGGUACCCAUGCUUGAGCUUUACCAGCACUCCUGCCGCGAGCUGAAGAAGUACAUUUCUGAAGGCCGCAGCAUCGUCCGAGAAAUCGAAUCAGAGACCUUCGAAGAGAACCCGCCCUUGUUCCGCGAAUAUAUGUCCGCCUCGCCCGACUUCAAGAACAUUCUUGACAACCAGUUCAAGAACGGCAAGACUCAUGCUCGCCUUGAGAGCAAAGCCAUGUGGUACGAGUGGCGAAUGAAGCUCCAAGAGGGCUUGAGAGAGGGUCUCGUCAGGAUUGCCGAGGGCAUGGCCAUUGAUGAAAAGGUCCUUCAUCAACAGCAAAAGCUGCUGUCUUCUGUUCUGCCUGCCAUCGUGUCGCGUUUUACUGUCCUUCAGCAAGAGCAUGAGAACCUGCAAGCCGUUGCAGAAGAGCUCGCUGACUGCGACCCGGAGGAGCUUGAGGCUGCCAGGUCUGACUUGUUUGACAUCGAGAAUGAUGUGGAAGAGAAGACUCGUCGUGUUGCUGAGCUCCGCCAGCAAUUGGAGGAGGCAGAACAAGGCGUGGAGGAAUUGACGCAGGAGAAGCAGCAGUGCUACGAGGACAUCAAGGAAGCAGAGAAGAUCCGCGAGGAAUGUCGCGGCUGGUCGAUUGGCGAGAUCAGUACGCUCAAGGGUGAGUUCCCAAUCACGAUGGGAUUUGAACCCCACAAGACUAACAUGCCUGCAGCGCGAGUGGAUUCCCUCGAAAAGCAACAUGGUUGGGCUGUGACCGGGGUUUCCGGGAGCACCAUCUCGAUGACGUACCGACGGGAAAUCGAGCUGGUAUUUGAUACUGCGUCUUUCCAGCGUGGUCAGAAGAACUCGCGGAUUGACCUGUGGUACAUUGCUGCAAACCGUGAGACCAACCCUGCACCGUCGACACCGGAAAUGGAUUUUUUUCUGCAGUGCAUUCGGGACCACAUCCGAGGACUGCCGCAGAGCCGCACUAAGAUUGCGGAUCUCCUCCACAUGGUUCGUGCUGCGUGGGACAAGGCUAACUGCACCUCCAACCACAUCCGGCUGCUCAAUAUCACAUUCCCCACGGCCGUUGCCAGGACUUCGGACUCGUCCGUUGCAGUGAAGUCGUCUCUCCUUCUGCCGCAGAUUGAGACGAAGGUGCAGAUUGCUCUAGAGAUCCGCGGUUCGAGCAGGCCUGAUGGUAUCGAGUUCACCCUGCAUCCUGAGGCGCAGGUUGUCUAUGGAGAGCACUUUAACACUGGGAAGAUGGGAGAGUUUUUGACGACCCAUCUGGGAGACAAGAUUUUGUCUCAGGAGGAGGGCGCUCCAUCUUGGAGCGGUGUGGUUGUCGACCUUCACGAGAGGCUUUUGGCGAGGGGAAGGAAGCAGGGUUAG